AUGGCUUCCACCAUGAAACUUGUGCUUUUCUCUGCUCUCAUGUUCUUCUCCUUCCAAGCAGUGGUGUCUGACACCCCUCAGCAUCCACUAAACCCUUUGACCUCAGAAGAGAUAAUUCGUGUCCGAAAUACAGUGCAGGAGAAGUACCCAACCUCAAGCAACAGGUUGAGCUUCCACUACAUUGGCCUCGAUGACCCUGAGAAGGAUAUCAUCCUCCAAUGGGAGUCCACACCAAACACCACAACUGUCCCUCGCAAGGCCUUGGCCAUUGCCAUCAUCAACAGCCAAACCCACGAGAUCGUAAUUGAUCUCCAGAAAGAGAAUGCCAUUAUUCUCUCAGACAACAUUCACAGAGGAAAUGGAUUCCCCACCCUUUCCGUGGCUGAACAAGACAAUGCCACAGCUCUGCCACUGACGUACGGUCCAUUCAUCGAUUCAGUGAAGAAGAGAGGGUUGAACCUCUCAGAGGUGGUGUGCUCGGCUUUCACCUCGGGGUGGUUUGGAGAAGCCCAGAACAAUAGGACUGUGAGGGUGGAAUGCUUUAUGAAUGAAAGCAGCCCCAAUAUCUGGGUGAGGCCUAUCAGUGGACUCACAAUAUUGGUUGAUCUUGAGCUCAUGACGAUCGUUGAGUAUGAAGACCGUGGUAUUAUACCGGUUGCAACCGCUAACAACACUGAAUACCGCCUAUCACACCAGAAACCACCAUUCGGUCCAAAACAACACAGUCAAGCAACCCAUCAACCAGAUGGUCCUGGCUUCCAAAUCAGUAACCACAGUGUUAGCUGGGCCAACUGGAAGUUCCACAUUGGAUUCGAUCCACGAGCCGGACUUGUGAUAUCACUGGCCUCCAUUUACGAUUUGGAGAAGCACAAGUCUCGCAGAGUGUUAUACAAAGGGUACAUUUCUGAGCUGUUCGUGCCAUACCAAGACCCAACAGAUGACUUUUACUACAAGACAUUCUUUGAUGCUGGAGAGUUUGGGUUCGGUCUCUCCACUGUCUCAUUGGUUCCCAACCUUGAUUGCCCAUCCAAUGCUGAAUUCCUUGACGCAUAUGUUCACGAUGCUUCUGGCACUCCCGUGCCCAUUCCCAACGCAGUGUGUGUGUUUGAACAAUAUGGCAGCAUCAUGUGGCGUCACACCGAAACUGGAAUUCCCAAUGAUUCGUUCGUAGAAACCAGAACGGAAGUGAACUUGAUUGUAAGAACAAUUGUUACUGUUGGCAACUACGACAACAUUAUUGACUGGAAGUUUAAGACAAGCGGCUCAAUCAUACCCGCGAUUGCCCUGUCGGGUAUAUUGGAAAUAAAGGGAGUGGAUAUCAAGCACAAGGAUGAGAUAAAGAGUGAUCAACAUGGUACCCUGACAAGUUUGAAGACUGUGAGAGUGACAGACGGAAGCUCCAAGAGGAAAAGCUAUUGGACAACGGAGACUGAAACUGCUAAGAGCGAGAACGACGCAAAGAUCAUAAUUGGGAACGCACCGGGUGAGCUUUCAGUGGUGAACCCUAACAAGAAGACCGCCGUCGGAAACGACGUGGGAUACCGUUUGAUUCCAGCAAUCCCAGCUCAUCCUCUUCUAACGGAUGAUGAUUAUCCACAAAUACGUGGCGCUUUUACUAACUUUAAUGUGUGGGUCACUCCAUACAACAGGACUGAGAAGUGGGCUGGUGGACUCUACGUUGAUCACAGCCAUGGCGAAGAUACUUUAGCCGUUUGGACCCAAAAGAACAGAGACAUAGAGAACAAGGACAUUGUGCUGUGGCACGUGACUGGAAUUCAUCACGUUCCAGCUCAGGAAGACUUCCCCAUAAUGCCAUUGUUGAGCACUGCAUUCGAGCUCAGGCCAACCAAUUUCUUCGACAGAAAUCCUGUUCUCAAAACCCUUUCUCCCAAGUUCGUUAAGUGGCCCGGUUGCCCUAAUACAACCACUCAUUAG